AUGAUUCCACGCUGUGGCGAUGCAGUGCCGCUGUGGCGGGACCUCUAUCCAAGAGCUCUGAGCCUGGACCCCCGGGGACCUUCGCACUGCAGAACCACACCCCGCCGAAAGUCGUUGACGCAACAGGUCGCCCUCAGCUUCUCACUGGCCACAGCUACAAAUCAUUGGACAACCCGAGCUCCGAUUUGUCACUCUUGCCCUCCACUGCCUCACUUCUCACCCCUCGUCCUAAAGAAUUGCUCAAUGCGAUUCUCACCCUUCCUCUCAACCCUCGUCUACACCUUUUCCAACUUUUCCCGCGUCCGCGCCGCGCAGUCCCUCGGCACCCAGGCGCCCCUCGCAGCGAACCGCCAGCUCCGCGCUUCCAUGCCCUCGAUCCCGUUCCUGGGCGCUCUGUUUGGAUCUUCCGCUUCGCAGCAGGAUAAGAUGUCGUACCCCGAUAAGAGAUCUGACGAUGAGUGGCGGGCUGUUUUGAACAAGGAGCAAUUCCGCAUCCUCCGCGAAAAGGGCACCGAACCCCCCGGCUCCGGCAAGUUCGACAAGCACUACCCUUCCGAGGGCGUCUACGCCUGCGCCGGCUGCGAGGCCCCGCUCUACAAGGCCACACACAAGUUCAAGUCGGGCUGCGGCUGGCCGGCCUACUUUGACUCGUUGCCGGGCGCCGUCGUCCGCCACGAGGACCGCAUGUUCGGCAUGACGCGCACCGAGAUUGUGUGCGCCAACUGCGGCGGGCACCUGGGUCACGUCUUCAAGGGGGAAGGGUUUGACACCCCGACGGACGAGAGGCACUGUGUUAACAGUGUCAGUUUGACGUUUGCGCCGGAGGAGAAGAAGGGUGGGGAGGGGAGUGCUGAGGGGGCGAAGGGGGAGAGUAAGGUUUGA